AUGGAUGGAAAUCAUGAAAACGAUGAACACACAACUGGGGGAGACGGUGCAAGAGAUGAGCAUCUCCUGAAACUAAUGCCUCACCCUUUAUUAAAGAAAUCUUUGGAAGUAAGACAUAUGUGUCACUACCUUUUCUAUGUAGCACCAGACCAAGUUUGGAUCAGUGAUGGCUCUAACCUCAUCCUAGCAGACCCCAGUGGUGCUAUUUCUUAUCACCCGAGGGAUAUACCGGUAUUACAACAAAGCUAUCAAGUACACACGGUGGCCGGUGAUGGUACACUUUUUUAUAUAAGUAAGGACUUUCGUAUCAAUAAAUUGAGCAAGGACCAACAAGAAGGAAUUCCAUUGAUAACUUUAGAAGAAACGUGGGAACCUAUGUCUGUCCUCUGUUCCCCAUCAACUGGAGAUCUACUAGUCGGAACACAUAAAUCACAUGCAGAUAAAAGAAAAUCUAAAGGAAAGAUAACUCGAUACAACAGCAAUGGACAACAAGUUCAGACCAUCCAGCAUGACAACAAUGGCAAGUUGUUGUACAAAUAUCCUGGAUAUCUUUCAGAAAACCGCAAUGGAGAUAUCAUCGUGUCUGAUUGGCACUGUGUGGUGGUUACAAACCGCGAAGGAGGACAUCGCUUUACCUACACAGGGCAUUCGGGACCACCGAUUUCUCCACGUGGAAACUGCACAGACACGCUGUCAAACAUCCUGGUCUGUGAUAUAAAGACCAAUGUCAGUACAUAUGCUCGACAAAGAUGGCCACUUUUUGUUGUCGUAUAUACUGAGGGAUGGAAAGAGCAUGGUCGAACCGCACACCUUGUGUUAUGA